AUGAAUGAAGGAAUUUUCAAUGAUUUCAAUGAAAAAGAACAAGUGUUCGAAUUUACUAAAGGGAAUUAAACAUACAUCAGAGACAUGGGAACAGUUACUGAUUAUAAAGCGAAGAAUUAAGGAACAACUACUAAAAAAGAAUGUCAGGAUUUUGAAGUACUAUUCUUUAUAUUCAGCAAUAAAUAGACUAAAACGAAUUAUAAUAAACAAAAGGAAAGCUUUUUAUAAUGCAAUUUGAUUCAAAUAAAUUGGCUCAAUUCUUAAAACGAGUAUUACCAACAGUUAUAAAAGAAUUGGAUGAAUCAUUGAAUUUGAAAAAAUACCAUAGUAAAAAUAAUAUCCAUUUAGGUUACAAACCAAUAUCUGAUGUCCAGAGGAAAGAAACUGAAUUAGUUUACGUUCUAACAAAUGCUUAAAAUAAACCUGUAGAGUUGGAAAAGAAAUUAGAAAUUACUGAUAUACAAUGGAAUUCUAAUGGGUUGAUGAUAGCUGCAUCUUAUGGUUGUUUAGAACAUAUGGGGUAAUGCUCCCAUACGUCUUACAUAAAUUGUUGGAACAUAUUCAAAAGAGAUUUCAAACCUGACAAACCAACCACCGUAAUUGAGACUAAUACUUGCAAUAUGUGCAUGCAAUUUCAUCCAACUAAACCGAAUAUUUUAGCAGUUGGAAGCUUUAAUGGCGAAUUGUAUCUUUAUGAUGUUUCUACAAAUUCAGAAUUAGCUCAUUCCACUAUUGAUGAGUAUUAUCACAGAGAAAGUAUAACUGCUGUCCUUUGGUUAUAAGAUGAGUCAGUAUAAAAUAGAUAUUAUGUAGAUCAUGACUUUGGGGUGUGAAGGCAAAGUAUUGAUAUGGAAUCCAGAAAGGGGAAAUGGUGAAUUUAGUUUGCAGAACCCCUUGAAAGGUUGUUAUCUGGUAAGAAAGAAGGAGUCUCAAACUGAAAGUGUGGGAGGAGUUUGUAUUUCUUAAUCCAAUGAGGAUCCUUUUUCUUUUAUAGUUGGGAGUGAGGGAGGUUCUGUUUUGAGAGCCUAGAUUACUCCAAUCAAUUACACAAUGACUAAAUAGGCAUAUUUAGAUUCUAGGGGUAAUAAUUUUAAAUAUUAGCAAAAGACAAGGGACUCAUUUGGAAGGAGGAAACCAUUUUAUUUAUGUAGAAUUUAAAUUAAAAAUGUUUACCAGAAAUUAGAUUGCACGUGGAAAGUUAUUGCAAAGAACGAAAAAUAAACAAUAUUUUUAUCUAAUAACUUGUCAAUUCCAAACCUGAUAUAAGGAAAAUGUAUGCCAAUCCCAUUAAUUAUGCCUAUGAAGCUCAUUACGGAACAGUUUAUUCUAUUAGUUUUUCUCCGUUUGUGAAAUCUGCAUUCAUUACAGCUUCAAUGGAUGGACAAAUUAGGUUGUAUUUACAAAAUACAGCUCGAUGUUUGGCUGUCUAUGAAUACAUUUAAACUUACAUUUUAUCAGCUUAGUUUUCUCCGACUCGACCUUGUGUAUUUGCGGCAUGUGAUAGUUUGGGAUAAAUUUUGAUCUUUGAUCUAACUUAAGAUACGCAGCAAUAGGUAAAAUAUGAUCAAUAACUAUAGGUAGUUACACUUAAAAAUGAUGGGUAGAGUGCUUCUUGUUUAAGGUUCAAUUAAAGACAGUAAGACUUAUUGGCUUGCUCAUAUCAGGGAUGUGAGGUGAGAAUCUUUUAAUUAAAUGAUGAAUUAACAUAACCAAAAGAGAAUGAAUUGAAAGAGCUUUAGUAAUUAUUAAGUUGA